AUGUUCUCGGCACGGCCCUGUCUGUCGCUGCCAUCGGCGAUCUGGACCUCGCUGACCCAACACAUUCCGCCACGGUUUCGUCGCCUCUUCACCAUUAGCCUUCUCAUCACCGUUGGUCUCUUCACACACAUUCUCCUGCACACGAGACCGCACAGCAUCCACCAUGCGCCCUACGAGGUCCCCAGCUCCAUAGGCGUCGUCCACGGCAACAUCGUCGAGGGCUCCCCGCCGAGCCUCUACCCAUUGGAGCCGUUUCCGGACUCGCCCAUGAUCGAUGCCGUCGACGACGAUCGCCCGCCGCGGCCCUGGCUCGCCGUUGUCAUUUGCGCCGCCGAGGAAAUGGAGCGCCGCAUGAUCAUUCGCUCAUCCUGGAUGCGCAUGUACGGCGACCUGCCCGUCGACACGCGCUUCGUCGUCUCCAACCCCGGACCCGACUGGACUGCCGCCGUCUCGAGUGAGAACCAGACGUUCGGCGACAUGAUUGUGCUCGACCAUCUCCAGGAGGACGACGUGACCGCCAACACGGUCAAGACGCUCGCCCUCUACCAGUGGCUCAUCGACCACAACCACCAGUACGAGUUUGUCUCCAAAAUGGACACGGACCUCUUUUUCAACGCCCGCGGCUUCUGGGACCGCUUCCUCGAGCCGCGACUGACCAACAGCACCGGUCGCUACGUCUCCACCGUUGAGCGCACCGUCAUCGGCGAGCUCUACUAUUCGCAUUCGUGGGACCUCGCUUUCCCCCACGGCGCCAUGUACACCAUGACCUGGGAUAUGGUCGAGCUGCUCGCCGGGCUUCAGCGCCGCUUCCACGUUGUCACAGGCGAGGACAUGGCCGUCGCCAUGCUCCUGCUCAAGGGUCGCGAGAGGGCCAAUUUCGUCAACUUUCGAGGCACGGAAAAGUUUGACUACCUCGACGAAGACGCGCGCGGCGACGGCACCGCCUGGGCUCGAUGCGCCACGCACCCCGAGGCGACGGAACACGCCAUUGUCGGCCCCGCACCCAUUGCCGUCCACCAGCUUAAGGACAAGGCGCUCUGGUUCAAAGUGGCCGAUCUGUUCGAUGCCAACGGCGUCAAGCCCAUGCCGCCGCCCACCGUGUCCGACCCCUGGCCAUCAUUAUGGAUGCGCUGGCACGACUUUUGGUACGCCGUGGGCGUCAAGGGCCUCUGGUCGUCACGCCACAGCCGCAUCCCGGAUUUCUUCUGGUCUUACGAGGACGGAUCCUGGAUCUGCGACGGCAUCUGGAACCUCGGCGCCACCAAGACGGGUUACGUCAAGGCGGCCGCUACGACGAUGCUCUCGUGGGAGGAGGAGAGCGAGCUGGUUGGACUGGCAUAA